AUGGUGUGGACGGAGCCCAAGCGGAGCAACAAGAGCAGGCGGAAGGUGGCGGUGGUGUACUACCUCUGCCACCGCAACGGCCACCUGGAGCAGCCCCACUUGUUGGAGAUGGAGGUCGCCCUGUCUGCCCACGGUGCUGGUGGCCUCUACCUCCGACUCCGAGAUUUCACGGCCCGUCUCAACAUGGUCCGCGGCAACGCCAUUGCCAACAUCUACUCCUGGUCCUCCAAGAGGAGCUACAAGAACGGGUUCGUGUGGCACGACCUGACGGAGGACGACCUCAUCCACCCCGCGCACGGCAACGAGUACGUCCUCAAGGGCUCCCAGCUCCUCCACCUCCCCCAUCAGCCGCCCGCGACCUGCUCCUCCUCCAGCCAGGAGAAGGAGACCACCACCAGCAGCAGCAGCAACUGGAGUUCCUUCGACCUGGUAGCCGACGGGGCCACGCAGACAGAGAUCUCGCCGCCGCCGCCAUCCUCCAGCAGCCCCGACACCCUGGUGACGCUCAGCAACAACGACGUCGCGCCCCAACCCCAAUGCGAGGUGGCGGACAGGGAGGUGGCCGUGAUCGCCGGCGGGAGGAUGCGCACGUCGUCGGUGCUGAUGCAGCUCAUCUCCUGCGGAUCCAUCACCGUCAAGGACGGCCUCCACCUCAGCUGUCACAGUAGUAACAAGGGGAAGGAGGUGGACAAGAUGUCAGGCGGCGGCAUGGGCAUGGGCAUGGGCAUGGAGCGGGACUAUUUCAGUGGGAGCCUCAUCGAGACCAAGAAGAGCAGCGGCGAUGCCGCUCUCAAGAGGUCAUCCUCGUACAACGCCCACAGGGGGACGACGAGGAGGGAGGUGAACAUCUCUGCAGUGUCUGAUGCCGUGCUUGGAGUUGGAGUUGAAGCGAGUCGUUGA